AUGGCGCCACGGAAGUUUCCGUAUCGUCAACAAGACUUUACCGCUUGCCGUCAGCCAAAUGUUAGACAAACUGACGACCAUGAGCUCCAUAAUUUGGAUGACCUUGCCUCAUCUCAGCCUAUUCCUCUACUUGAAUUAUGUCUGAAGCAAAGCUCAAGAAACAAAGGUGCGCGGGCCCAGAGACAAUAUCUGUUAGAGAGUGCGGCUGGUGUUAGUAUCAGGGCAGCAAGCAGCGGCGAUGAAGAUCUAGCUUCCUCACGCUUCUCCACCUUUCGUGGAUCCGUCAACAAUUCCUUUGAGAUUUACGAAGACCAGUCAACUACUGAGGCUAUUGAAGGCCAAGAUUAUGGCGAUAUGCCGUGUGAUCCACUUCUCGAUGCAAAAAAAACCGCGUUACAACUGCAUGCAAUUGACUCGCCGAGGUCUCCGUGUCGUCCAUCGUCUAUGCGCCACGCUAGUAUUACUGGUCUCGAUGAUAUCUCUCUGAAGCCCUCUACGCCUACGCGUGUUCAGAGGUAUAACUACAGCGAAUCUUAUCUCGACUCUAUUCAUGGACGAGGAGACACCGAAAUUCGACCCAGUGCAGCUACCCAGUACAACCCUUCGGCGCGUCUUUCUCGACGUUACCAAUCCAGUGACAAUGAUCUUGAUUCCUACGAAGAUCAAGUAACACCUACCCGCCUGAAAAGACAGAAUCUCAGCGAGGCGAAGUCUGAUCAAGGCUGGUACGGAGCUGGCAAUGGGCCAAUCCUGCAAAAUCCUCUGAACUACCUGAAAAGCUCCAGCUAUUCCCACUCAGGCUCACACCACCAAUCCCGCAGCUGCAUUUCGGAGAGUCCAUUCCAAAGACGAGAUGGUAAUGUUAGUGGUGAUCGGGCAGUCUGGCCAGUGGACUUCUCCAGCCAGAGAUCCUCUUGCGAAGGACCCAAGACAGGAUCUUUCAGUCACGACUCUGCGUCUGAGAAAUCAUGCCCCCCCUCGUCAUCUCUGCAUCUGUACGGCGCAAACUUCGAUCAGACGUAUCAUCGUUCCCCCUAUGAAACUUUACGAAUUCAACAUGAGCGGUUCAGGCGCGCCGAGUCUCGCAGAAUCUCGUCGGGCUUGGAGUUUCCGAUGUCUGGAUCUCAGCAAGGAUAUAAUUCAGACUACACAUCCAAGGAAAACACUCUGGCUUCAGAAUUCUCGAGUGCUGCUCCUGCCGCACGGUCUGGAGCACUUAAGUAUCCGGGGUCAACUCAAUGUUUGUAUCGUGCUCCCAGUCAGCACCAGGCGACGAACGCACAGAAGAGCAUAUCUUCGAGCAAUGGCACUAGUAGCUUGUCCGCUGAGGAAAAGAGACGGAUCUUCAAAGAAGAGGUCAACGCCCUGCUGAAAAGUGGUGGAAAGGGCCCCAAACACUCUAUGACACAAGGAACCGCAGAAGAGUCCACAGUAGAUCCUCAUCAAGUCGAAGCACCGAGUACUGACGGAUACCGAGCAAGUGCCUCUGCAAGUGCGGUUGAGCCUACCCGUUCAGUAGCUUCAGUCCACACUGGAAAGCAGAAACUAGAACCAAAAGAGGCUGCGACUACCACUUGGAAUCUUCUUGAAAGGGCCACUCUAGACCUUGAUAAAGGAACAACGGCUAAUAAUUGGCCUCCAAUGCCUCGAUACAUGCCCCAAAAUAUUUAUCAAGCGAGGCGUUUUGGGGCUUGGAGCAAUUCCCUCAACAAGAGUUCCUUUUUUGCGGACGUCAAACAGUCUUCGGGGCCAGUGUCAUCAGCUAAAGCACGAGAUGUCGUCGAUAGAGCUACUACACUGGAUCUAAAGGCACAGGCUUCAGCCUAUAUCAAGAGUCAGAUCUUUUCAUCCGGGUCUGGUUCACAAAGCGGCAUCAAGAACACACUCGGACACGUUCCAGAUUCAUCCGUGAAAAGCGAGAGCAGCAAGCUUCUGAAGCCUCCACCUGGGCUGACCAAACCUGCAACUCAGUUGACGAAACGGCCUGCCUGGUACGUGGACAGCCUGAUUAAGAACCAGGCCAGGCUGGAGGAGUCCAACGCUUGGUUUCGGCGGGAUAGUCGCGGGGAGGAAACCAUUCGCGCCCAGGUUGCCUUGUUCGCUCAGGAUCAUAGUGAGCAACUCAAGGAGCGAGGGUAUUCGACAGAGGACUGCAAGUCUGCGAGUGAAAUGAGUGCACUUAUGGGCAAUGCGCUUGUUAACUUGACUUCGUAUGUCCUAGGAGACCGAGAGCAGCAGAUCGGCAACUUUGCAAACUUUACGCCAGCACCAUCUGACUGCUCCUCGCCAAGUUCUGAUAAGCAUCGAACCUUUUUCGAACUGGGCUGGUGUACCAACGGCGGGACAUCUCUUGAUCGAGAGACUUUGCCAUCUGCCAAUUUCGGCCGCUUUGCUCGGCGCAGAACUUCUUCGGCGACCAAUCCUUAUACUUUCCUUGAGGAAGACUCUGAUAAUGACUCUUUGGGUAGUGCGUGGUGA